CUUCUUUAUGGCAAUUAUACGUUUUGUAAGAUGCAAUAUCUAAAACAAUGGGAAUCUGCUUUGCACCGGAAAUAUAAACCUUUAAACAAUAACUUAACUUCCACUGGAAUUUGGCAUAUUGAAAAACAUAAAGUAGUUUUAAAAAAAACAAUUGGGAAAGAAAUUCACAAUAUGGGCUGCUUUUGUAAUGGGAGUCGGGAAUUAGAAAUUGAGGAGGCUCUAUAUUUGCUAGAAAAGCGUGAUCUACAGAUUACUAAAUCCGAGAACGAGCUUCUUACAGUUCCUGAAGCUUAUCACUUAUUGUUGCAGUCGAUUUCCUUAGAAUCAUACCAGACUUAUACUUACCUUAAACGUCAAGGCUUUCACCUUUUUCGAUCUAAAUAUAGAAGGACAAGUUCUUUAAAGACUUGCCACUCCGUUAGUUUGAUUCCUUUUAACCUAAAAAGUUUUUCUUUAGAACGACCUAAAGCAAGUCUUAUUUCCUUUCACGAAACGCCAACUGAAAACUUAAAUCAAACGGAUGAUCUUAAGAUAGUCUGUUUCGAUUGGGACGUUUAUAAACCGGAUAAACGAUUUUCAAAGAAAAGGGCAACCUUGCCGGACUUUGUUAUAAAAGUUUUUAAAAGCUCUGACCCCGUUCCUCAAUUUUCUGAGUGUUCCUACGAGAUGUUUGACACUGAGCGACCAGAAGAAAAAGUAAAAGUGAAGUAUGCCUGCAUUGAAGCAGGAGAAGUGGUCUUUUAUUCCGUGGCCUAUCAUACAGAAUGUCUGCCAUAAGCUUUCUUUUGGAGAGCGCCUUCCACAAAAUAAAAUAUGCCACGAACAAGGACUGUACCCCCUUGUCGCGAUCGUUAAUUACCAUUGAAGCGCAGUUAGUGUUUACAAAAACAUUAUUUUUUAAAUCUUUUACUUUUCUUCUUUACGACGAACCUCUUCGGGUCUUUCCCGGCAUUUUUAUUGGU